CCUAAACUCCUGGUUUUGGAACCUCCAUGUUGAUAUACAAAGAAUCGCAUGAUUACAGGAACUAUUUAAUUAACUUCUUUAAAUUUUGAUAGAAAACCCCCAACUCCCCAAGGCCCCAAUUCACCAAAGUUGUAGCAUGCUACUUACUUCAGCAAAACUUAGGAAUCGCAAGAUUACAGGAACAAUUUCCCUUCUCUUGUUUUCACCAAGUGCAUAUUCAACUUUCAAUGGAAAAUCGUCACUUCAAAAUGGCGGAUCGCACCUGUACCAAACUAUUGGUUUUUGGAAGAAAUGCGACGAUUUCGUUUCAAAUUCACGUACUUUUGGGGGUAAUCGGUCUAGGAUUUAUACUGCAUCAGUUGGUAAUCGGAUGUGGCCGUUCUUCACUGUUCUUGGCAGUUGCAGAGCUUCGUUUAGAUCAAUUGCAACUCAGAGCUAUCCUGAUGAACUAGAGCUGACAGACAAUCUCCUGAAUCAUAUUCUUUACGCCUUUGAAAAUACUGAUCUCUCCAGUAAGGAAAUAUGUAAUGACAUUGAAAGGCUAUGUCGGUCUGGUAAUGUUUCAGCAAUUGCUAACCUGCUGAAGAUUUUACACAGUAGAAAUAUUUUCCUUGACCCUGAUGCCUAUAAUGUCCUUUUGGCUACUACUAGCGAAAGGAGGGACGUUGAACUUUCUCUUGCAAUAUUUAAGGAUAUAUUGCUUUCCUCUAAAGGCAUGAGUUCAAAACCUUAUUUCAAUCUUGCUAAGGCUUUUGAAAUCACAGAUGAUCAUUCCCUGCUACUCAAUUUUGUCAGAGAAAUAUCUCAGCUCACAUCUCAUUGUGGUGUUCUGGUUCUAAACAGAAUGAUAUUCGCCUUUGCUGAGUGUAGGCAGAUUGAGAAGGCCUUAAUGAUUUUUGAACAUAUGAAGGUUCUACAAUGCAAGCCUGACUUGGUCACUUAUAAUACAACUGUUGGUCUGUUAGGUCAAGCGGGUUUAGUGGAUGACAUGCUGCGGGAGUUUGCUUCCAUGAAGAAGGCUAGUAUAAUUCCAGAUAUUGUCACAUAUAACACCGUGUUAAACAAUUUACAAAAAAUGGGCAGAUUAGAUCUUUGUUUAGUUUAUAUGACGGAAAUGGAUGAGAGUGGAGUAAUUCCUGAUCUGAGAACUUAUACUGCAUUGAUUGAGAGCUUUGGUCGAUCAGGUAACAUCGAGGAAGCAUUGAGACUUUUUAGUGUUAUGAAGGCUAAGCAAGUCCGGCCUUCAAUCUACAUAUACAGGUCAUUGAUUAAUUAUUUAAAGAAAAUGGGUAAGUUGAAGGCUGCUGCUUCCCUUCUGGAUGAGAUGAAUUGUUCCCUCCCAAAUUUAGUUGGUCCAAAGGAUUUCAAAAGGAAAAAUAGAUGAGGAACCAAGAAGCGUAACAAUAUAUGCAGUACUUUGGCACACUACUCUGGUCUUGUUGCUGAUAUUAAGGAUAUGCUGAUGAGCUGCAAGAGCAUUAUGAGGAGUCAGUUGAUGUUUAAAAAGGAUGAUAUUAUGAAAAUUUGCUACAGAAAUGUUGUGUUAUCCUGCGAACUUCAGGUAUGGUCAUUCUUGCUGACAGAUUGAUAGUGUAAACAUUUGUUGAAAUUUAACUUACAGAGAAUAUAUAUAUUGAGAACAGACUUGUUACAUAAAGAAUUUAUAUUUUAGAUGAGUCCAUGUUUGUUAAA